UUCUAUUCGGCAUAGUUUGGGAGACGUACGUGUUUCAAUUAAUUACGUAGGCUUGUGAUUUAACACGGAUUUUUUCUUAAAAUGCUGAACUUAUAAGAAUAAUAUAAAUACUUAUUUAAGAAUGCUGCCUUAUUUAAGUUUUAACAAAGACUAUUUUGUUUCUACUUGUGUACUAUGUGGGAAGUGAGUAAUAACUGGAUAUGCGCUUUGGAUUGGUUAUUAAUGAACAAUCAGCAGUGAGCUAAUAUAAUUAUAUAUUGCAGUUAAGUGAGCAAAUUAAUUUUGGAUGAAUUUGUGAUUGAUAAAUAAAAGUGAAUUGCUGAUGUUGCAGUGCGGUGCGGUUGCUUCUGUCAUAUCAGCUCUGAUGUGUCUACAAACUCUUCAUUAUCCAUUUUCUUUGUUCUUCCCUCCUCCGACGACAAAAUGAAUCGAUAGUAAAAGUCGUGAAACAGACAAUACAAUCAUAGCUACAAACUCGCAUGGCCAAGCAUUUUAGUAUCAUAAUGUAAAUUCAAGGUCCGCUUGAAUUAUACAGCGAGUAACAAAAAGCUGCUUAACUAAAAAUAUAGUAUAUGAAUUAUUAUUAAUAAUGAUAAAAUUUGUUCGUCAAAAUAGUCGGGAUACUUCAGUCAAGACUCUAAAAAAUUUAUUAAAAAAGAAGGGCGAAUCGAAUGAUUCUGGAACAGAGUCUGAUGGUGACUUAGACAUGGAAGCCAGUCUGAGUUCAUGUGCCGAUGCGAGUUCUCUGACUGAUACCGCUUGCUCAUCAGAAUCGUCUGCAAUGAUGUGUCAAUCCCACCUUAUGUAUGACCAACACAGUUCAGAGGAAGAACUUGAAGUUAUAAAUGGACCAAUGUCGUCCAUUGGGGCGAUAGAGUCUGCAAGUAGCAUUUUGGUUGUACGCGGAACUACGGCAUCAUUUAUUACUGAAAGAGGCUCCUCUUCACUUGAACCAGAAGAAUUGUUUGGAGAAGCCUCAACAUCUAAAAGAUCCAGUUCAACAUUAAUUGAAAAUCGUAAACGGUCGUUAGCUCAUGGUUCAGAUGAUGAGUUACGCAAUUUCUUGGAACCUAUAUUGACGCCAGUUAAUUUUCGUACUUCUCCACCUUUGGAAGCCUUUAAGCCAAAUCGAAGUCAUAUGUUCCGCUCAACAACACCAUUAAUAUUGUCAGAGGCUCGAUAUGGCAUCGAGAAUAUAAAAUUAUGUGAUAAUAGUGUUAAUGAUGAGAAUGGAGAUAGCUGUAGAAAUAAAACCGAUGAUGAAGAUAAAAACAAUGGAAGUAAAAGCAUUAUAAAAGCUUGUGCUACAUCUCUUAAAAUAAGCAACAGCAGCCACCAUAUAUACCAGCCACAGCCCAAAUAUAGUUUUCAUUACAAUAGCUCUCGAAGUAGUCCCGCGUCAACAACAGGUUUAGAUGUAGAAGUUCGAUCAGUAAGUCCGCCAGCGAAAUUAUUUCAUUGCGCUAUAUCGCCUCGACGACGACCUAUACGAGGACAGCAUGCAACGCAGCGGCUUCAACGGCCUCAUAGACCUUGUUUAGAUUUUGAUAAAAUGCAACAAGUAAGCCUCUAAUGUAGCGUGAAGUUAAAGAUUAUUUAGUAACUAAGCACCAAAAAUAAAAACAAAAAUAAAAAGUACCUAAGGCUGAAGAAACACAAAAUGAUUUGUAUGGUAACGGUGCUACUACGCUCCAUAAUCUCAACAAAAGUAAUAAUUACCAGCAAAUUAUAUUAUGAAAAGGUUUUGUUUCCCCUGGAUUGAAUGUAUGUGUGUUUACUUAGACUGAAAUUGCAAAAUCUUCAGCUGAUCCACAUGUUAUCCACAAAUCGGUUAUGGAAUCAGUUGUGGAAUCAGUUGUGCUGAAUAGCAAUAAACUCCAAUUAACAGCUUUAAUUCGGUCAAUCAAACGAAUCACAAUUUCCAUUUCCGCGAUUUUGUUCAGCCUUACAAAGUUGUGGAUUCUGCCAAAUUUUAGAUUUAUAUUAAUUUGAAACUUGAUUAAACUUGAUAACUUGAUUAAUUUGUUGAGAAGUUGUAAAAUAAUUUAAUUGGCAAAUGACUUUUUUUUGUUGUUUGUUUUUCUUUGUGAUCAAAAGUCAAACUUCAAUUUAAGUGUGAUGUAUAUUAGCCUCGAAAAUUUGCUUGAUAUUUAACAAGUUAAAGAAAUUUAAAGCUUUCGUUAUUGAACUCAGCAUUUUAUUCUAAACAAAACUGAAUAAUGGGAAACAAUAAUUUGAAUUCAAUAUUUGUACUUGUAUUGACAGCUAAUGUGAUUUUAUCAAAUGUAUAUAUAAUAAUAAAACUACUCCUUUAAAUUAACUUUAACCGCGAAAAGUCGUUUAGCUAAAGGUCGUACUUAAUUUUGUACUGCUAUUUUAAAUAAGUCUUUAUAAGUGACUGUACGUAGCCAGAAAUAAAAUCGAGAAUCUGGGUGAAGAUCAUGGACGCAUCUUAAUUUUUAAAAAAUUGUAUUUCACUUGGAAGAAUUAAGUAUGCACCUAACUUUUCACUGGCUGGCUAUAAAAAUACUUAUAUAUUGGUAUAUAUAUAUAUAUAGUAAUAUAGUAUAUAUAUAAAUAUCUAUAUAUAUAUAUAUGCAUGUCGAAAAUAUAGAAAUAAAGUAAACCUUUGUAAAUAAUAAAGCGAAACAAAAUAACGAAAAGCUCAUAAAUAUUUUAAUUAUGGUAAUAUAUAGAAAUAUAUAAUAUUAAACUAGAUAUCAUAUAAGCUAAGCAAUAGAACUUAGUUUCGAAAAAUUAAACUCGUAUGACAGAACAGAACUGAAAAAACCAGUGAAUAUACUUAUUUCAUAAAUUUGAUAAACACACAUAUAAAUACAUAUGAGCAUAUAUUGUUAUAGGUUCGUUAAUAAUUUCUACAAAUAAUUUUAAUAUUAUUUUAUACGUUUUAAUUAUUACUUAAUGUGUGUUAAGCAGUCUCUUCUUAGAUCAGAGAAGCGUACGUACUUAACACACAUUAAAUAUCAAUAUAAAAACUGGUCCAAUACAUAGCAUAUUUUAAUUUUUAUUUAAUCGCAGAAGUAGAUUUAAAACUUCCUUUCUUCCUCAGACUGACGUUUAUGUGUUUAGCAGAGCUUCAAAUGUAAUUUUGGCUAAUCUUAGCUUCGAGCAUUUUGUGUUCAAGUUUAUUUGAGCUCAAUCUUUUUGACAUUCAAAUAUGAUAAACUUACCCAAGCUUUUUGAGGUUCGAAUAUGCUUGUGGUGGAACAUUUGAUUGUUCGAGUAUGUUUGUGUUUGUUGAACACCUUACAGCUUCAAGUAACGUAUACAUAUAAAUACAAAAAAUUACGAUCGAAAUAAAAGCUAAAAUUCCUUUAAAAUUGUUUUUAACCGACUUUAAAAUAUUUUCGACGUUAUAACUCAAAAAAUUAAAAAUAAAAUUACAGCUUAAGUAGCUCAAACGAUUUCGAUCGACUUAAAGAGUAUCGAUCAGCUCAAACAUCUUCGAGCGAUUUAAACAGUAUCGAGCAGCUCAAACAUCUUUGAGCAGCCUAAACAUCUUAGAGUAGCUCAAACAUCUUCAAGCGGCUUAAACAUCCUUGGACAAUUCAAACAUUCUCGACCAACAAUAGCACCUUCGAUUAACUCAAAAAUAUUCAAAUAGUUUCGAGCACUUGAAAUGUCUUUGAACAGCAAUAAAAAUAUUCGAACCAAACAUUUUCAUCAGCUCAAACAUCUUGAUCAGCUCAAAAUCUUCGAACAGCUCAAGAAUAUUUAAGCAGUUCAAACAACUUCGAGCAGCGUAAAUAUCUUUGAGCACCUCAAAUUUCUUCAAGUAGUUCGAUCGUUUAUUCAAGCAGUAACUUAAACGACUGCGAGUAGCUUAAACCUUUUUGAGCAGUUUAAAAAUAUUCGAAUAACUUUGAUAUUCGGAUAUUCGGACAGUUUAGAGCAGCUCAAAAUCUUCGAACAACACGUAGUUUCGAACUGCUCAAACGUUUUAAAUAUUCGGUCGAAUUCGAUUAUACAUAAGCUGUCCAAACAUUAUAAUGUUUAAACCCUUUGAAGCAAUGCAGCAUUAAUUAUUUACAUUUAAGUUAACG